ACCGAUCAGUUAUCGAAGAUGGCUGCGGAGAGUGACAAGAAACGUAAAGGAGCGGAGAAACCAGAUCGUGCACACAACAAUUUGUACAAAUUCGCUGUAAAUCUCAUAGCUUUGGGAGUCGGAUUUUUCCAUCGGUGGCACGUAUCUACGCUCUUUGAAAAUGACCGGCAUUUCUCGCAUUUAUCCGAGAUCGAGAGGGAAAUGUCGUUCCGCACGGAAAUGGGAAUGUAUUACUCCUACUUCAAAACUAUCGCGGAAUCGAAGACGUUUAUGGAAGGCUGGGAAAAAAUCAGCCACGAUAAUAUUUCGGAGUAUGGCAAUGUUAUAAAUGCUAGUAGAAAGUAUAGUUUGCUGCCAGAGUUGAUAAUUGGCUGGCUCUAUCAUUGCGCCAAGUACUUGGGAAUCACUUCUAUAGAGGAGUGCUGGCAAGUAGAAAGAGGAGAAGGUGUGCCUCCUGUAACUAGCUGCGAAGGCUUGGGAGUGCCGGUGUAUUUUUACUUAGAGAUGGUCUGGAUCAGUACCAUGUUCACUGCUGCAACGCUAUUUCACUAUUCCGUGUACCUGGGCAACAGCGUGAGCAGCGGCGUCGUCACAAUACUCUUAUUCUUUUAUAAUCACAAUGAAUGUACACGAGUGCAAUGGACACCACCGCUGCGCGAAAGUUUCGCUUAUCCUGUGAUAUUAUAUCAGAUGUAUAUGUUGACUGUGAUUCUGAGAGAAGGCAGUCGCCAAGACUGGAGAAAACUACCCACAGAUUUGAUCCUGAAAAUGGGAUGGUCGACGCUGAUUAGCUUAUGCUUCUGGCAAUUCUCGCACUUCGUGUUUACCACGCAGAUUAUCGCGGUGCUGAUACUUAAAUGGAUGAAAGUAAUACCGAACGAUCUGUACAGAUUCAUCUGUGUGAGCCAUAUGUGGCCGGCAUUCAUAGCCACGAAGUUAACGGAUGGAGCCUUUCUGUAUUUCAUGCUGUACCUGUGCUUAAUGGUUAUCAGCAACGUCAUAAGUUUGUUCGAGGUACUGUCCCGAUUUAUCGGCGCGAAACUACAGACAGCACUGGAGAUAGUUCUCGUAGUUAUCGGCACAAGCUACAUGAAGUCCCUGCUGAGUCUGGUAUCGGAGGACGACGCACACGUGUUCAGUUUGCUGAAGGCAAAGUUGUCAAGCUACAAGGACUUCCACACGAUGCUCUACACCUGCUCGGCCGAGUUUGAUUUCCUGCCGUUCAGGAGCUACGAUGCUAUCAUAAGGACGAUGCUGCUGCCGAUCGCCGUGCUAGCCGGGUUUCUAAUAGUCUACUACUGGUACAGGAAUUACAAGGGCAAAGGCUAUCCGAAAUGUGUAGAGGCUGACCUGGCGUACAAUGGACUGCAAACUGGCGCGUUUAUAAUAAUGGCUGUGUUCAUCAUGAGACUGAAGCUGUUCAUGAAUCCGCAUCUUUGCAUAAUAGCCGGUACGAUCUGCGCCAACAGGUACCUGGACAAAGUUGGCCUGAAGAAUGACAUGAUGAAGACCGCUUUGGCGGUUCUGCUGAUCUCGGCGAUGUCUUAUCACGGACUGGAAAGGCUGAAGGAGGAAAGAAGCAUUAUCGGAGAGUUCAGUAACAUCGAGCAAGAAGAACUAUUCGAUUGGAUCAAGAAAAACACUCCGGAACACGCCGUUUUCGCUGGCAAGAUGUCCUUGAUGGCGAACCUGAUGCUCUCUACCGGCAGACCUAUCGUGAACAACCCCUAUUACGAGAGCAAGGAGAUGAGGGAUAGGACCAUGAAGGUAUACGAAAUCUUUAGCAGAAAGGACGUGUCCUCGGUGUACCUGACUCUGAGAAAUUUGAGGGUGGGAUAUGUUAUUCUGGAGCAGCCUGUGUGCCUGGCCUUCGCGAAAUUACCGCAAGGCUGCCAGAUGAUCGAUCUCUGGGACAUGAUCGACAGCGGGACCGCCAAGGCCGCGGGGAAGCCACCCCUCUGCCCAACUUUGUUCCAAGGGAACGCCUAUCCCUUCAAGAGGGCGUUCGUGAACAAUCGAUACGUUGUUCUACAACUAGACUAUUCGCAGUACGUUGAACUAAAACCAAAGAACUCUUUGCACUACCAAGCUUGAGAACCUUCGAACCAGGCAGUGACAAAUAUGUAAACAUACCUCGAGAGAAGAUAUUUUUCCGGGAGAGAGAGUGAGAGAGACAGUUAUGUAUCAUACUUAUAUAUAUAUAUAUUUUUUGUAAACACGUGGGUGCGAGCGGAAGCAGAGAGAGGUCAGCCGAUAGGAGUUGAAUAAAACGUUAGGAUGAUUUUUUUAA